CAUGAGGACCCCGUAUGGGUUUGCCACGCUGCGCAACGUGGAUCUUCCGCACGGUGAUGAACAGCACGGCGACACGAUGGAGAGCUUCAUGCUUGCCGAGACGCUGAAGUACCUGUAUCUUCUUUUUGACGAGUGCAAUGCGGUGCAUGUUCAGGGGAAGCUCCGUGGCAGCAUCCCGUCGUAUUGCGCUGCUGUGGAGAGCGGCAGCAGUGUGGGGAGUCACGUGGGGUGGGUGUUCAACACCGAGGCGCAUUUAUUCCCCAACACGGCCGAGUGGUGGGGGCCAGUGUCUGCAGAGAGCGCAAGGGAAGAGGAGGAGGUCUCGGGAGACACGCUGACACAGCGCCGAUUGGAUGUAAUUGAUAGUCUUAUUGAUGGUCUUCAUGAGUUGCAGGGCGGUGACAAUGACCGUGGAGGAGGAAAUACCGCCCCGCACCGAUUUUACUGUGCUAAUCAUGCGCUGAGUGACGUUGAACGGAUUUCGAAGUCCAUAUUCCGCUGA